GUCUGAGUCAGCACUGCACUUACUCAUAGAGAUUCCACUUGCAAUGCAUACCACGACUUUUCUUUUAUCUUCCACAAAUGUGGACCCUCUUCAACCAAUCCGAUCAUAAUUCUGCAACCAACCCAUACGUCGUCGUCAUGUUGAACCAAAAUCCAUAGUAAAAGAUAUCAAACAGAGAGUCCACUCCACAUUGGUGAAUUGAUAUGCAAAGGGCAAUGUUAUGAUGAAGGCAUGGAAUGAACUUGGAGGAAGGGGCACAAAUUCUAUCAGUCAGCACUGCACUUUCCACAAAUAUGGAUCCCCUUCAACCAAUCCUCUCAUAAUUCUUCUGGAAAAACCGCGUCUUUGGACUUCCAUUUUUUCACUAUAUAUUAUAUAACACAUUCAGUUGAUGAGUCAGCACUGCACUUUCUCAUACUGAAUCAAUCAAGUAUGGCAAACUGUAUUUACAGCUUAUUGCUUAUAGCCUUCUAUAUGAUGGGUGAGGUAUCAUCUGUCAUUGGUGGCUCCAUGCCUUCUUCUUCCAUCAAUCAUGAACGACAGGCUUUGCUCCACAGCGGUUGGUGGAAUGAUGACAGUAAUAUCUCUGACCAUUGUGAUUGGGAGGGUAUCUCUUGCAAUGAAGCUGGAAGUAUUACUGCUAUUGAAAGAUGGAAGAUUCCUUCAUCAAAAGAAUUGCUUUGGAUUGAGAAGUUCAACGUCACUGCCUUCCCCAACUUAGUCUAUCUGCGUCUAUAUGGAAUGGGUCUUAGAGGAACCAUCCCUAAAGAAAUAGGCUCACUUACAAACCUUACCACCCUUGUCCUCACCAACAAUCAUCUCCAAGGUUCAAUACCACCACAACUUGGAAACUUGACACAAUUGAAGAUGUUAUCUCUCUCUCAGAAUUCUUUAUCAGGUUUAAUUCCAUGUACACUUGGUCAACUCAUCAAUUUGCAAUUUCUCUAUCUUGAAUCAAACAAACUUGAAGGUAGGAUUCCGACAGAAUUGGGGAAUUUGACAAAAUUACAGACAUUACAUCUAUCACGUAAUUUAUUCACAGGUUCAAUUCCUCAUACAUUGGGUCAAUUAGAGAACUUGAUGUAUUUCUUCUUUCAAUCUAACCAAAUUACUGGUCCUAUACCUAUAGAAUUUGGAAAUUUAAAAAGUUUACAAACAUUAUAUCUCUCAAAUAAUUCCCUCAACGGUUCAAUCCCUUCUACUUUAGGUCAAUUGGAGAAUUUGGUACAUCUCUACCUUAAUUAUAAUGAAAUAGAAGGUCAGAUACCUGAAGAAUUAGGAAAUUUGUCCAAGUUGGAAAUUUUGCAACUUUCUCAUAAUAGGAUUUCAGGUUUACUACCUCCAAAACUCUUGCAAAUGGACAAAGUGUUCUGUUUACAUCUCUCGUCAAAUCAGUUAUAUGGUUCAAUACCAUUAGAAACUAUGAAAUGUCCCCAUACUGUUGAUUUAAGCUUCAACUUCUUUAAUGGAAGCAUAACCUCUCGAAUUGGUUGUGUGAGUGACCUCAAUCUUAGUCACAAUUUCCUUGUUGGUGAGAUUUCACCUCUUUUGAAAAUGAGUUUUGUUCUUAGUCGAUUGGAUCUUAGCUAUAAUAAUCUUUCGGGUAAAGUACACAAGGAACUUGCUAGUCUAUCAUAUAUAAACCUUUCAUACAAUUCCUUUGACUUUUCACAAGACCUUGACUCAAAAUUGGAGGUACCAGAUUACUGUUUUUUUCAGGAAGACUCAUUAAUUGAUGAUCACCACAUGCCCAAUUUUACAUACUGCAACGUGCUCAAUGAGACAAAUCCUCAAAGUAGAAAAAAUAAGCCCAUCAUUGUGUUAAUUGUUCUUCCAGUCAUUUUCUUCAGUGUUGUAAUACUCCUUCUAAUAUUAUAUUUCUCAAGAUGUAUUCCUAAGAAAAAAUGUGAAGGAAUAUCAACAAAGAAUGGAGACUUGUUUUCUAUAUGGAACUAUGAUGGUAAAAUUGCAUUUGAGGAUAUCAUUGAAGCAACCGAAGACUUUGACCUUAAGUAUUGCAUUGGGACAGGCGCAUAUGGUUGUGUUUAUAGAGCACAACUACCCAGCGGCAAUAUUGUUGCAUUAAAAAAACUCCAUUGUGUGGAAUCCCAAAAUCCAUCUUUUGACAAAAGUUUCCGUAAUGAGGUGAAGAUGUUAACAAAAAUCCAUCAUAAAAAUAUUGUAAAGCUUCAUGGUUUUUGCCUCCACAAUCGGUGUAAGUUUUUGGUCUAUCAAUACAUGGAAAGAGGUAGUUUAUUUUAUACUUUGAGUAAUGAAGUGGAAGCUAAGGAGUUGAAUUGGAGUAAGAGGGUGAAUGUUAUUAAAGGAAUGGCAGAGGCUUUAUCCUACAUGCAUCAUGAUUGUAGCCCACCAAUUGUUCAUCGAGAUGUAACAAGUAGCAAUGUUCUGUUAAACUCAAAAUUAGGGGCUUAUAUCUCAGACUUUGGCACAGCUAGACUCCUUCAACCUGAUACAUCAAAUCAAACCUUGGUAGUUGGCACUCGUGGCUACAUUGCUCCAGAGCUUGCUUAUACAUUAAGCGUGACAAAAAAAUGCGAUGUUUAUAGUUUUGGAGUGGUGACUUUGGAAACAUUAAUGGGAAAACAUCCUGGAGAUCUAAUCUUGUCAUUAUCAAACCCAAGAACUGAAAAUAUGUUCGUGAAAGAUCUUUUGGAUUCACGUCUUCCUCUGCCUCUCUGGAGAGAAGCUCAAGAUAUCAUUCUCGUGAUAACACUAGCAUUAUCAUGUUUGUGCUCCAAACCAAACUUAAGACCAUCAAUGCAACAAGUGGCUGAGAAACUCUCAAGUUUCAAACUAGUAUUAUCUUUGUCUUUUCAUGAAAUUUUGAUUCGUGAAUUAAUGAGUCAAGACAUAUUUCAUCUUUCUUUGAAGUGUCAAGGAUGAACUCUGUUAAGCCAAAGUUGAGAAAAGUAAUAAUGCUUUGCAUGUUAAAAACAAGAAAAUUUCGUUGAUUGAAUAUAAUAGAUACAUGUUAUUGUUGUUUGUU